CCUCUUUUCUCAUCUCCCACCAUGCUCGACGACACGCCUAUCCCCGACGACCAGCAUCGCGACAGAAGCCGUAUUUUUGAGGAGUUUCUUGACUCUGAAUCCGACAUCUACAACUACAAAGAUGAUAUCUACCGAAUGCUUCGGAUGGACCAGACGCGUCUCAUCGUCAAUAUCGAUGACCUCCGCGACUACAGGCGUGAAUUUGCAGACGGUCUACUCAAGCAUCCAGUAGACUUCCUACCAGCAUUUGACGACGCACUUUCUGCCAUUGUUUCUCGUGUUCACGACCCAGAAAAGCACGAGAUCCAGGACAAGAGCUACCGUAUAGGACUCAGCGGUUCCUUCGGUGACCAUCAUGUCACUCCCAGAACCCUCCAUGCCGCCCAUCUCGGAUCCAUGAUAUCCUUAGAAGGAAUCAUAACUCGGUGUUCCCUUGUGCGUCCCAAGAUGCUGAAGUCGGUGCACUACUGCCCCGAAACACACCUUUUCCACUCACGAGAAUACCGCGACGCGACAUCAUCCAGCUCAAACCUUCCACCCACAUCGUCUGUCACCCCACAGACUGAUGACGAUGGACACCUCCUUCAGACCGAAUAUGGUCUUUGCGUCUUCCGCGACCACCAGCGCAUCAGCAUCCAAGAGAUGCCUGAGCGCGCACCUGCGGGUCAAUUGCCCCGCAGUACCGACAUAAUACUAGACGAUGAUCUAGUCGACAAAUGCAAGCCGGGUGACCGAAUCCAGCUGGUUGGGGUAUAUCGUAGUGUUGGUGGAGGGUCCAGUGGGGCAUUCAAGUCCUUGAUCUUGGCAAACAACAUCAAUCUUCUAUCCUCCAAAGUUGGCGGCGGCAUCGCGCAAACUCCUCUCACCGAUACAGACAUCCGCCAGAUCAAUCAGCUGGCUAAAAAGUCAAACAUCUUCAAGGAACUCUCAGAAUCUCUUGCGCCGUCUAUUUGCGGCCAUGAAUAUAUAAAGAGGGCUAUUCUUCUUCUAUUAUUGGGCGGCGCGGAAAAAAAUCUGCCCAAUGGUACACAUAUUCGUGGUGAUAUCAAUCUGCUGAUGGUCGGCGAUCCCUCCACUGCUAAAUCGCAGCUCCUAAGGUUCGUGCUUGGUACGGCACCCCUUGCUAUUGCAACCACCGGUAGAGGGAGCUCUGGAGUCGGUCUGACUGCAGCUGUGACCACAGAUCGCGAUACAGGAGAACGACGUCUAGAAGCUGGUGCCAUGGUUCUUGCUGACCGUGGUGUGGUGUGUAUCGAUGAAUUUGACAAGAUGUCGGAUAUCGACAGGGUAGCCAUUCACGAAGUCAUGGAGCAACAGACAGUUACUAUUGCCAAAGCUGGUAUCCAUACCAGCCUGAAUGCUCGAUGUAGUGUUGUAGCUGCUGCCAACCCCAUCUAUGGCCAGUACGACAUUCACAAAGACCCUCAUAAAAACAUUGCUCUCCCUGACUCUCUUCUCUCCCGUUUCGAUCUGCUCUUCAUUGUGACGGACGAUGUCGAUGAAAAACGCGACCGACAAAUUGCCGACCACGUUCUGCGCAUACAUCGGUAUCUCCCUCCUGGUGUCGAAGAAGGCACUCCAUCUCAAGACAAUCUAUCUCAACCACUAUCCGUAGAUGGACCAUCCAACGCUCCUGCUGAUAGCGAGGCCGACAGCAGUCCUUACGAGAAAUUUGAUCCAUUAUUGCACAUCGGUGUUGCAGCUUCUAAUGCGGGCCGAAAGACACGUAGUCAAACAGCAGCGCAGGCAGCCCAGACCCAGGUUCUCAAGCUAUCCUUCGUGAAGAAGUAUAUACAAUAUGCAAAAAGCAAAGCGGCUCCGGUUUUGACGAAGGGUGCGGCGGACCACAUCGUUCAAGUAUACGCCACCCUCCGAAAUGAGAUCAUGGAAGGGAACAACAAAAGAACUUCCCCGCUGACUGCUCGUACGUUGGAGACACUGAUCCGUCUGGCCACGGCGCACGCCAAAGCCCGGCUAUCUGUCAAAGUGGAACAUCAAGAUGCGAAACAAGCUGAAGAAAUCAUGCGGUUUGCCCUCUUCAAAGAAGUUCCCAAACGUCAACGCCGCAAGAAGAGAAAGCUCAACAGUGGUGCGGCCGUUCGGAAAGGUGUAGAUGACGGUGAAGGGAGCGAUGAAGACUCUGGAGGUGAAGAGACCGGAGACGAUGAACCUGCCUCCGAGAGGAUGAGUAUGCCCCCUGGGUCUCCAAAGACGACGGGAACAACGACCGUCCAGGAUCCUGUCUGGGGUGAUGACAGUCAAGACGUGACAAUGGUAGCGUCGUCGUCUGGGUCAGCUACUGCAAGCGGAAAGAUGACCCCCGAAAGAUAUGCCUUCUUCCGCUCUCGGGUAUCCAAAUUAUUCGGCUCAAAACUGCUCGACGAGGAGUCAGUCUUUCUCAAAGAUCUACUCGAGAUGGUCAACGAGGGUUUAUCCACGGAUAUGUUGUUUGGGACAGUCGAAGCCACAGAAGCAUGUCAAGUCAUGACAGAUGCAGAAGAGUUGAUGCUUAGCGAAGGCAUUGUCUACAAGCUUUAAUCUAUAUUUCCACGGAUUCGCAUUAUGUAUUUUACGCUGGUUUUUUAUGUUUUC